AUGAAGGUCGUCCUGCUGCUGGCCGUGAUCAUGGCCUUUGGCCUGCUGCAGGCCCACGGGAAUCUGUUGGACUUCCAUAAAAUGAUCAAGAAGGCCACAGGGAAGGAAGCUGCAUCUAGCUAUGGGUUCUACGGCUGCUACUGUGGGUGGAAAGGCCGAGGAACCCCCAAGGAUGCGACAGACCGGUGCUGUGCUGCACAUGACUGCUGCUAUCACAAGCUGGAGAAACAGGGUUGUAAGACGAAGUCCCUGAAGUACAAGGCUGAUUACCGUGGGAAUCAAAUCAUCUGUGAGAAACAGGGCUCCUCCUGCAGUGUUCAGGUGUGUGAGUGUGACAGAGUCGCGGCCCUCUGUUUCGCGAGAAACCUGAGCACCUACAAUAAGAAAUACCAGUUCUACAACAACCUUCUGUGCAAGGGGAAAGGCCCCCAGUGCUGA